AUGGCCUCCGGCAACAAGUACAAGCUGAGGAUUGAGGCGCGGGCGAUUGACGGAUCUUUUGAGCAGAUCGCGUACUCCGGGUCGGAAGCCGUGGACUUUGCGAGUAACUCGUCGUACUGGAUGCAGUACCAACUGAACUCGUUCGACGACUUCAAGAAGGACUUUGGAAAACUCCUUGCUAAGAUGGACACAGACGCUCCAUCCAGCGCUGUUUAUGCGAAGGACUUCGCUAUUCAGGCGGCCGCAACCGUUGACCAACUCAGCCGUGAAGUUGAGAAGCUGGGUAUCUCUCGCGAGACCGACUCCUCAACCGAGGCAAUGGUUCCAUCUGAGAUCGUGCGGCACGUGUUCCAAGCUAUGGAUACGGCCGCUUCGUUCCACUCGAUGCUCGUCAGCCAUGCGUAUCAAAGUGCGUCCGCCGCCAACGAAAAGAAAAUGGCUGUUCGACUCAAUUGCGCGCUAGAGCCGGAUUGCAAAUUGCAUGAGCUAGGCGCUCUGCUUACGACGGUCGCAACGGGCACGCUGAAUGCGACCUCGAGCAAUCCGAUCGCGAGCUAUCGAAUGAACAGGUGUCCGGAACAGUGCCGAUUGAUCCUGUGGAAGUCGGACUUCCUGCUGCAGAAAUGGACAGAAGACGCGGCAUCUUCUUGA